GUUUUACUCCAGAAGAAAAAUGAAACGUUGCGCUUAUGGGGUGUGCAAUUCUGACACACGAUAUCCAAAAAGGCUGGAGGGAGGGGUUAAAUUUUAUCCUUUCCCGAAACCAAAGACCCAGAGAGAGAAAUGCCUGCUGUGGAUCAAACAAUGCGGACGACCCCCCCAUCAGCUGAAUGUCAGCAAGAUAAAAAGUAGCACCUACGUUUGUUCCAAGCAUUUUGUUGAUGGGCAACCCACACCUGAACACCCAAAUCCAGUCGCAGCUAUACCGGUGCCUGUGUCUAGGAGGGAGAAUCUCGGUGGAUGUCAAAAACCACCUGCUGAAAGGGUAAGGGGAGAGGGCUCAAACUCCACCAGCAAAACAGCAAAACUGCAACAGCAAAAUGCCGUGGAACUAAGUGCUACCAACACCACCACCAGUGACCCUGAGGAACAAAGUGAUCAUGAAGCACAUCCCACUACUGACCAUGGCGAGGACCUUCAGAUGUUGAGGGACAUGGUGGCCACUCAGAAGGCUGAGAUAACCAAGCUAGCACUACAACUACAGGAAAAGGGUGUCCAGCUCGAACAACUUAAAAGCAAACUCCAGUCACACACUACUUUGGGGUUAACUCCAGAGUCUGUACAGGAAAGUGAUGUGGCAGGUUAUUUCCAGUACUGCACUGGAUUCACCUAUGACCAGUUUAAUACUUUGUGUGAGUUCUUCAACAUUCCAAAUGAUCCAAGUACACCACAAACUCAUAUUCCAUUGACCUAUCCAAAACACAGUGGCAAUCCAGACCUUCCUUUGCGUAGUCAGCUGUUAUUGACACUGAUGACAUUCAGACAAGGGUAUGGUUGCAAGGAUUUAGCAUUCAGGUUCCACAUCACUUUACCGAGUGUGAGCACAAUAUUUAACACCUGGGUAGACUACAUGUAUUGUGCUCUUGGCCAGCUGUCUACUUGGCCACACAGAGAUGUGAUUUCUGAUAACAUGCCAGCCCAGUUCAAACAAGACUUUCCGAAUACGUUUGCCAUUUUGGAUUGUACCAAGCUAAAGAUCGAAAGACCAAGUUCAUUGGUGUUACAGAGUCAGACAUUCUCCUCGUACAAAUCUACCAACACACUGAAGUCUCUAGUGGCCUGUGAUCCACGUGGGUCAGUCAUGUUUGUUUCUGCCCUAUUCACUGGUACCAUAUCUGACAAAGACAUCUUCAACCAGUGUAAUAUAGUGCAACUACUUAAGGGCUGCAUUGAGGGUGGGUAUCUUCACAGGGGGGAUGGUUUGAUGGUGGAUAAAGGAUUCCUCAUUCAGAAGGAGGUUGAGGAACUUGGGCUCCAACUCAAUACACCCCCAUUCGCCAGAGCAGACAGGCAGAUGCCACAUGGAGAUGUCGAGAUAACGAGGGAAAUAGCCAGGCAUAGAGUUCAUGUAGAACGUGCCAUUGCCAAGAUCAAAAAGUUCAAAAUGGUGUCUGACAGAAUCCCUAUUAAUUGCCUUCACAAUAUUAAUCAGAUCUGGUUUGUCGUCAGUAUGCUGUCCAACUUCCAGCCUCACAUCAUCAGUGAAUGACAUGAUCCAUCCUGUAUAUGUAUUAUGUAUGAAUUGUGAUACGUUAUGUAUUGAUUAUUUUGUUAUUGUGUAUUAAA